AUGGUGACUCGCAGCUCCACCGACCGCGAUGAACGGGAGCGCGCCCGCACGCCGGAGGAUGCGGGCGGCACAAAGCCCCGCGCGCCCCUCCGGCCCCGCCCCGCCCCGGAUCCCGGCUGCGCGCCUCGCACCGCCCGCCCCGAAGCGCGCGGCCGCCGGGAGGGGGCGCUGCGCGCGCGGCCCGCGCCGGGCGCCGGCGGCCAUGAUGGCGCGGCCACCUCGCAGCGGCCAUUUCGCAGCAGCGCGCCUCUCCCGCCACAGACGCGAGGCCCGGCCAGGCCCCGCCGCGCGGCCGGGCGCAGCCCCCUCGGCGGCAGGCGGCUGGGCGCCGGCCGGGGGCUGCCCGGGCCGCGCGGUCCCUCGGCGCGAGCGCCGCCUCCCCUCCCCCACGCCACAUCACCGCCCGGCCGCCGCCAUGGCGCGCCCGCCGCCUCCCCACAAUGGGCGGCCGCCCGCGCCCGCUUCCCUCCGGGCGGCCGGCACGCCCCAGGCCCCGCCGCGCCCGGCGCUCCUCGGCCGUCGCCCGCGGCCGUCCCGCCCGCGCCGAGGGAGGCCCGCCGCCGCAAUGCGCCUUCCCGCACAAAGCCCUGCCCGCCAGCCCCGCGGGUGCGGCCCGCGUCGCCCCCGCCCCGAGCCCCCGAGCCCCCGCCGCCCGGCCGGGCCCGCCGCUUCCCGCGCCGCCGGGCCGCCUCUCCCCGGGGGCCCGGACUCACCCUCCUGAAUUUGGGCUUCGGUCCUGUUCGGCGGCCAUUUAUAAGUGAUUCGCCGCCGCCUCCUCCUCCUUCUCCCACCACCCCCGACUACCGCCCCCUACUCUCUACCCCACCCAGCUCCGCGUCAGACGCGCCGUCAGGCACCGCCAGCUCUACAUCCCGGGCCCGAUUUGCCAGCGCCCGCAGACCUCACCGCGCCGCGACCGCGCAGCCGCCGCCCCAGCCAACGGCCGCACGCCGCGCACGCGCCGCUGCGCCCGCGCCGCCCCGGGGCACGCCGGGAGCCCCCCUCACCUGCCGCCCCCAACACAAGUGA